UGUAACUGUUGUCAUUUCCUCGUUUUGAUGCUUGUUGUUCAGCGGGGUAAAACCGACAAAAUACGAGCUGAGAUUAAAUAUUUAUAUUGUCACUGCCAGUUAAGAUAUUUGAAUAGGCAAAAUGCCCCCGAAGAAAAGGAAAAACGACCAAGACAACACAAAAGAUGGUUCUAAAAAGAGGAAAUUGCCAGAUACUUUGUCUCCAGUGCCUGAUGAAAGUUCUCAAUUCUUUAAAGGCAUCAGUGUAUUUAUAUUACCAGCAAGUAUAGAAAAAGCAAGGAUGCAAAUAUUUAGGAACAAUGUAGAAAAAUAUGGGGGUGUCAUUGACAAAGAGAUGACGACAACGACCAGCUACCUCGUGGUUGAUGAUAAAAUGGAGCCAGAAAGACUAUGUAAGCUUCUCAAACUUGAAAAAGCCCCGUCAGCCACUGUUGUCAAAACUUCAUGGUUAAGUGGUUGUUUUCGGAGUAAAACGAAAAUUGAAUCUGAAGAUCACAAAUUAGAUAUAUCAUGUCUUUUUAGGAAAGAUGAAUCCCCAAACAAUUCUGACACAGAAGAAAAAACAUACACAAAUAAGUCGGAAGAAAAAGGCGAAACUUCGGCAAAACCAGAAUAUGCAAAAGCAGGAGUUAUGUUCAAUGCAUUUAGGAAAGCGAAGAAUGAGGACCAGUUAUCAGAUGCGGAUAGUGACUAUGUGGCAAGUGAUGGCGAAGAAGAGAGUGAUAUGGUUGGUCAUAUUAGCCUGUUUUCAGACAGUGGAGUUACCUCAGCCAGCACCAGCUCCGCUGAUACAACACCAAAUACGUCUCCCAUGAAGCAACUGCCAGUUGACAAGUGGAUUUGUGCUCAGUCAUCAAAAAACCCAAAGCCAAAUCUGAAUAAACAUAUUACAGACAAAUUGGAGGAAAUGGUGAAGAACUAUGAGAGCACAAAUGACAAGUGGAGAGCAUUUGGUUAUCAGAAAGCGAUACAGGCUUUGAGACGACACCCCAAACAGAUCACAACGUGGGAGGAGGCGCGGGCGCUGACCGGUGUGGGGGCCAAGCUGGCGGACAAGGUAUGGGAGAUCGUCGAGAGCGGGGGCCUGCGUAAACUGGAAGAGUUCAAGUCCAACGAGGAGCUGCAGAUACUCAACAUGUUCACAGACCUGUGGGGCGCCGGACCUCACACAGCCAGGGUCUGGUACCAACAGGGUUUUCGAAGCCUGGAGGACUUGCGCACCAAGGCCAACCUGACCCACCAACAGAAGGUGGGGCUCCGUCUCUAUGACGACCUGCUGGACCGCAUGCCGCGGGAGGAGGCGGGGGAGAUAGAGCAAGUGGUGAGAAAAGCAGCCGAGUCCAUCCAGCCUGGCAUCAUAGCUCAAGCAUGUGGGUCGUACCGACGGGGCAAGGUGACGUGUGGCGACGUGGAUAUCCUCGUCACCCACCCAGAUGGGAAAUCACACCAGGGAGUGUACGGGAAACUCAUCGCCAAACUCAAGGAGGAAAAGUUCCUCACAGACGACCUUGUGUCAGCAGAGGAUAAUGGCAACCAGAAGAAAUACCUGGGUGUGUGUAGACUCCCUGGGGAGAAUAGAAAGCAUCGACGGCUGGACAUCAUUGUCGUGCCGUAUGACGAGUAUGGCUGUGCCCUUGUCUACUUCACUGGCUCCGCCCACUUUAACCGCUCCCUGCGCCAUCUGUGUAAGAAGAUGCACAUGUCCCUCAACGAACACGCCCUUAAGACUGGGGUGGUCCGGAAGGGAGGGGAGAAGAUCUGUGAGGGCACAACAAUCCCUACCCCCACGGAGGAGUCUGUGUUCAAGGUCCUGGGGGUGCCUGUCCGACCCCCAGAAGAGAGAGACCACUAGCACACCCUGACACAUCUUGCAGUGUAUCAGUUACAGCACUGAAACUGGAUAUAGGCAGGGUUUGUAUUGAAAGAAGCUGUUGUAUUCUGUCUGCAUGCAAGAAUUGAAAAGAAUUUCAUUGAACAUAUUUGUGAAUAAUGUAUAAUAAAUAAGUGCAAUGUAAUGAAUUUGAUCAUUUGAUUACUGGUAGCCAUCUUAAUAAUAAGGAUACCUCAUGUCCAGAAAUUAUGAAGUAGGUUGUGUGACCUUGGACCUCACUGAACGUAUAUCCACUGGAUAUUGCACACAAGUUUUCGGACACAAUGGAGAUUUAUGGUCCACCGAGGUUUGUGAUUGUGAAUGGCUGUAUUUUAAAAAUGAUUUAUUAAAAAACAAAAUAUUGGAAAGGUUUUAUUGAAAAUUUUAUCACCCUUGCAAAAAUGGUUGUUUAGAAUAUUUCUACAUAUGCUAACUUAUAACUGUAUUUAUGAAAACAAUGUAUUGAUAAGAAGAUGGUCAUGUAUAAUUACCGAAAAUCUCUUGAAAAGAUAUAUUUGUUUUAUAUAUUUUUUCAUUUUAAUGGAUAAUAUACUGUAGUGUAUAAUUUUGAAUCGCAAAAUUCAUUUAUUUAUUUUUUCAACAGUUUAAAUGAAUGUAAAACUGGAAAACAUUUAUAAUAAAAAAAUGAAAAAAGCCUUCACUUGUAAAAUAGCUAUUGCAUUAUUUGUCAUUUAAAUGUCGACCUGUAUGUAUUUUGUAAUUUAUUUUCAAUUCAUUUCUAUUAUGAUUUUCUGUGUUUGAACUAUAGAGGUGUAUACAAACUCAGUGAUUUAGUUUUGUCAUGCUUUCUUGCAUAGUCAUUGGUAUAUGUUUUUGAAUUGUUAAUAUAUUUAGUAUGAUAAUUAUAAAUAUGACACAUAAACUAGUCCGAUAACUUACAGGGUGGACACAAACUUGAUGGGUAAUAGGAACUAUCAUACAUUUGGAACUUCACAAUCCUACUACAUGCACGUUUAUAUGUGUUUUGUAGGAAAUACGGUUAUGAUCAAGAUCAUGAUUUUGUAGAACAGCUGUAAGGGCUGACCUGAUUAGAAAAUGUGUGAUAAUUUUAACAUUUUCAGUUACCUGUAUAUGUUUUUUAGCUUCACGUAAUGUGAUAUGUUUUACUUCAAGCUGUUGUCAAGAUAGGAGUUGAUUGACAGGAACCUAAAUGAAAUUUAUAUUAGUCCUUUUCUUUAAAACAUUAUAUUUCAAAGUAUCCUGUGAUGUUUGUAAUUUUGAGAGCAUGAGAAACACUUCUGUGGUUCAAGGCAGCAAAUCAUGUUUGCGCAUUAUUUCUGGUAACCAUGGUAACCUCACAGACUCAUUAUUAUUUCAGUUGUGACCCUGAUUUUUUAUAUGUAAUGAGUUGUCCAGAUAGCUCAUAAAAACUGUGUUUUGUGGAUUUGUGUUUAUUUGGAAUGACCCAUCUUAGUGAGGCAAGAGGAAUUAUGGAGUUAUAUUUUGGCUGGACUAACAAGUCUGUGCAUAGUCCCUUGAAAAUCGCGUAACGAAAUCAACAUCCAGUUUGUAAACUGCAGUGCAGAUUUCGGUCGACUGCAGGAUUUGCAAAGCAUGUCUACCGUCAACUUAGAAUCAACAGAUACUUUCCAAAUCUUUUCAUGUUUUUGAUUAAGGUUCUCAUGUGGUUUAAUGCAUUACGCUAAGUAAGGCCCGUUUUCAAUCUUAUUAAAAUCAGAUCUUAGUUCUUGCUACCACUAAACAAAGAUCUGAAGACAUCCCAUUAAGGGUCACAUCAGAACGACCUUUCAUCCGACCAAUCAGUGCAUCGCUUACCUGAUUUA